AUGGCGACCGAGGACAUCGCCGGCGUUCAGGUCUACAGAAGACAAGUCGACAACCUCCUGGAUCGCGCUUCGCAAGUCAAGCCGGACAAACAGAUCGAGCCCCCAUUGUCCGAAUCACAGCUCGGCGAAUCAAUAUGGCAACUUUCUGCGGCAGACAGCGAGGCUACCAAGCACCUGAGCCAACAGACUAGGCUUGCAGCUGUGGAGAUCGCGUUUCGCGAGAAGUUCUAUCGCGUUCUGGCCUCGACAUCGAUCGAAGACCCCGCAUUUAUUCAGAUUUGGAACCUCCUCGAUAUCGUCUCAAUAUUUUCCGAUAAUGAACAAUGCGAACCAGGUCUCAUAUUCUGGCUGAUUGAGGAGCUUCUCGACAGCCAAACCAUUGACGGCUGCCGGAAGGUUUUUGAUUACUUGGAGUCUCGAAGGGAAAGAAACACAAAGAACCACUUCAAGCAGAAAAGUUUAGUCAUUCUACGAUCUUGCAACGAGCUUCUUCGUCGUCUCUCGCGCGCAGAGGAUACAGUGUUCUGUGGUCGGGUCUUUAUCUAUCUCUUCCAGAGCUUCCCGCUGGGCGACAAGAGUUCUGUCAACCUUCGUGGAGAAUUCCACUCUGAGAAUGUCACCACUUUCGACGAAAUCGCUGAACAACCAGCCAAAGACCAGCAGCAGCAAGAUACAACAAUGACCGAAGAUUCCGAAACCGCAGCGCCCGAAAACCCUGGGACGCCGCAAACUGGAAGCACUUCCGAUCAAACUCCCAAAGUUCCCAAGGUGGUGGUUCCUGGAGACGGCAAGAAGUCGGAGGAUGUUGAUCUGGAUGCGCUGUACCCACUAUUCUGGGGCCUCCAGGCCUUUUUCUCGGCACCUAGCAAGAUGUUCGAUUCGGAACGAUUCGCGUCAUUCAAAGCCGGCCUCGAGGCGACUCUGUCUGCAUUCAAAAACAUCAACACCGAAAUGGAGAACCACAGUGCCUCUCGAGCCUCAGAAGACGCCCGCAAAUCAAGCAAGCGCAAGCGCAUCUCCGAUGAUGCUGAAGUUGCCACCAGCUUCAAUCCUAAAUAUUUGACCAGCCGGGAUCUCUUCGAUCUUGAAAUCAGCGAUACUGCUUUCCGGCGACACGUGCUUGUCCAAGCUCUGAUUCUCCUCGACUUUGUGCUAUCUCUCACGCCCAAGGCCAAGACCCGCCUGGUGAACACGACCAACAAGUCCGUUCUCUAUGGUUUUACUUUGAACGAAGAGGACACCAAAUGGGCUCUCAACAUCCGAAAGAGGAUCGAGGGAUAUCUGCAAGAUGGACCCGGUGGCAAGUUCUACUAUCGCAUGGUGGACACGGUCUUGUCUCGGGACAAGAAUUGGGCACGUUGGAAAGCUGAAGGUUGUCCGUUGAUUGAGAAGCCGGCGAUCUCGUCGGAAGAGUACACGGCUUCACGCGAAAAUGCCGUUAAGGUGUACGCCAACAAACGCCUUCGCCCGUCGCCGAUGGGCUCGCUCGAUCUCAAGUUCCUCUCCGACAGUGAGUCUCUCGCCAAGAUUGAGCGUCUCAAAGAAUCCGAUCGGUACAGCGUGCCUUCGGCGGACACAUUCAUGAAGGGUAUCAUGAAUGAUGAAAUGGACCUUGACUUCGCGAUGACCGACGAGGACAAGGCGGUCGCCCAGGGUGCGAUAGACAGCAAGUCCUGGCGGAUCCUGCGUCUCACAGCAAGAAACAAACUCUCUGCGUUUGACAAGCUGGACAGCAACAACCUACAAGUUUUGUUCGCAACCCCUACGGCCAACCAAGACCAUGAGUCCAGUGCUGGGGAUCCCAAGGACCUCCCCCAGUCAUUAGACGGAGUCCAAGAUACUCCUGCCGAGUCCAAAGAGUCUGGAGCGACGAAAGAUCCUGUCGGGGUCUCGCAUUCAAUCGAGGCCGAUAAGCCAACCGAACCCCAAGAAUCUACCGAUAACAAGCCUUCUGUGCCUGUCGAACAAACCGAAAAGAGUCCACAUGCUACGGUCCAGGGUGAGUCCAAUAAUGCUCCCCAGGCGGCCGAUGAGGACCAGGAGAUGCAAGAUGACAACAAGACCGACACCACUGAGCAACCACCAAACUCAAUUGGAGUUGAACAGAACGAGGACCUUGCCGCCUCUAGCGCCCUUGCAGAUGAUCCUGCAACCUAA